AAGAGCAACGUGAAAUCCUACACUACCUCUUCCUGACAAGUAGCAGGGAGGACGGUGAAGGAUGGAGGCAGAGGACAAGUUCGCAGCACUGCGCACGAAGAUCUUCACAGAGUCGCUGGAGACCUCCAAUGAGCCAAGGUGGGGCUACUUUGGCAUUCCAGGCUCCCUCGCCAUCGGUGACAACUCCUAUGCACCAAGGUUGACAAAGAAGCCUGUAGCAUAUGAUGAAGAGAACACCACCCGCAAUAUUCAGGCAUGUCCGACAAAGAAAGGUACAACUCCUGAUGUCUACUUCAAGUUCGAAACUCCCUUGGCGAUUGGAGAUCCGUUUGUGGACCCAGGGAUCGCAAUGAAGAAGGGAAAGGUUUGGAUGCUGGAUCCUGAUGCCACCUUCAAGCCUCCUGGGAAAGUCAAACAGAGCAUCAACAAGCUUGGCUAUGAAUAUGUGGAGCACUGUGACCAAGUGAAGGAUCCCAAGGAGGUGAAAGAGAAGUACUCAGACUACAUCCCGCCUCGCAACAUUCUGGGAGGUGCCUCGAAGAGAGGUGGCCCUGGUGUGCUCACUGGCGGCGUUCUUUUUGGCUUUGGGGAGCCUGGAGCUUUUCCAGAACACAUCCCCGAUGACUAUGAUGCAGCCAGGAAGCAACGCAAGAAAGAGCUAGAGGAGCACCACGGCAAAGUCCAGGAGCAAUCCUUCAAGGGCUUGGACUAUGGGAAUCGCUAUUUCCAGACAAAUGAGGAGGCAUUUGGAGGAUAUGAGCAGCCGACGCAUGUGCCCCGCGAUCCGAUGCCGGACAAAGCUGUCAAGUAUCCUCAUGAGUCGCCAUUCCGGCCGCCCAAUCCUAUGAAGCGAGAUGCAGUGGGAUGCCUCAUGGGUGGGAUCCCAGAGUACAUCCCAUGUCCAGAAGAUCCUGUGGUUCGGAAGCCGAAGGUUGAAGAUGCUCCUCCAGCCUUCAAGACGGGUGCUCCAAAAUAUGUGGCCAAGCCAACUCCAUCAGUCACAACACUGGCGCGGAAUAUGCGCAACGAGAGGCCUUCCAGUUUCAUGCGGCCG